GCUAGAAUACGCGUCCAAUUUCUCUGCCGAGUUGAUAGCACCAUAUAUCUUACUGCCUUUUAACGCAAACCAUCGCCAUAAGCUACAAUGACAUCAUCCGCCCCGAAAUCCCCGCGCGGUCACUUCAGCGUGCUCUAUUUCGCCAGCGCUGGCUCUUUCACGGGACGAGACUCCGAGAGCUUGCCUGCGCCUCUACCUAUAGGGAAGCUAUUUUCCGAAUUGGAGUCGCGGUAUCCCGGCAUCCAGACCAAAAUUCUCGACUCGUGUUUGGUAACGGUCAACCUUGAUUAUGUAGACGUUCCUGAAGAGGGCGAGGACGGCUCUCUGAUCCAAGAGGGAGAUGAGAUUGCCAUAAUUCCACCGGUCAGCUCUGGCUGAAUAUCUAGCCAUGCGUUUUGCAUAGUGACGUCUUCAUAUGUUUCGAUGGGCUGGAAUAUCGAUACGCGCGUCCUGUGAUUAAACUCGCAGGCACUUCCCAGGAGAAGCACGGCUCUCAUGAGAUAUUUUCAGACGAGCUCUCCUGGUGUGGUGAUAGCAAUGGGUCUCGCUCUGGAUUGCCCCUCUCGACGCGCCUUUGGAAUGGCCGCUUCCAUCGAGAUAUCCAUUCCCAGCUGAUUACCUUUUGUCCUGAUUUCCGUAUUUUCCAAACCGUUAUGACUGCUGCGGCAACGACCAAGACCGCCGCCAAUGUUGCCAAAAUGGAUACCACAACUGCCAGCGCCAUACCAGACGAAACUUCGCACCCAAG